AGCACACCAAUGCCAUCAUCUAGCACGAUGCAAGAUAGUCAUUCGCAAAAGUUAUCGAGGAAUCUAAAAACUCCACUUUUACCUAAUCAUGAGAAAAUAUUAUGGGCGACGGCCCAAUUGAAUGGCAAAGUAGAAUUAAAUAAUUCUCUCAUCAAGAAGAAAACAACCCAAUCACACAAAUCAUCCCAGAUUUUAGGUGGUGGUAUUAUAGACUCAAAAGAGAACAAAAAGACGCAUCAUAGACGUAGUAGUACAUUAUUUAAUUUCAACCUGAGUAAUUGGUUUCAUCAGGCUAAUCAAAGUAAUACUUUAAGUAAAGAUAAAGACAUUGCUAAUAAAAAUACAUCGUUGUCACUAUGGGAAACGAGAAGGGCUGUUUUGAUAGUCGACAAGGUGCUUGCACCUAAUGAAGAGUUCGUCAUCAAAUUCCAACAUCAACUACCUUCAACUUUACCACCCACUUAUGACGGUAAAAUUGGCAAAAUAUCGUACCAAUUCGUGCUGGGCACUAACAAACAGAACGGCAGCGCUAGAAUUGUUAAUAUGCCUCUAACAGUAUUACCAAACGUAACACUAGAUGAAGAUCAUAGGCGUUUCGAUAUAUUAAAACCCUUAAUAGAAACCAAGGAAGAAUCUAAAGUCGACAUUGGUGAUGUGAAGGACUCAUCAGACAAGACAAGCCAAGAUCAAGCAUUAUGUUUUGAAAAGGCGUAUCGCUAUGCCAAUAAACUACAUUCUUCUGUAAACAAAAGUACGAUAAAAAGAAGUAGCAGUACCCAUUCAUCUGGUUAUGAUGGUCCAUUCGAGCAUGUAGACUCCAACGCUAAGGUUGGUGAGCAAUGCCGUACCGCUAUUGGAAUAAAUUCAAGGCAUAGUCAAAAGGUAACUUACGAAAUUGCCAAAGAGGGUCUUAAUAUUGGUGUUCUUUCACUCGUCAAAUCCACUUUCCGUUUGGGUGAAACCGUUUUGGGUAAAAUCAGCAUAAAUAAACCUCACACCGUUAGUGGAAGGGUACUAAAGUUCUCAGCAACACUUGAAUCACACGAAGUUGCAAAUGAUGAACAUGCAGCACUCAAUACGAAGCAUACAAUCAAUGCUACUCGCAAAGUACAUUCGGAAUUCCACGAACCUCUGACGAUUGACUUUUCUGAGCUCGGUUUUGCACUGGAUGUGCCCUCACAUCAAUCGUCUGAUUUUCAAACUUCGAUAUUUGAAGUGCGAUGGGUGAUUAAACUUUCGUUCUUGAUACUGUCACCACCAAUAAUGGUAGAGCCAUCACCUCGUCCAUCUAUAUCACCUGGUUCAUCUACUAGUUUAAACGAUUGGUCACCACUGCCCACACCAACUUUACAACCACUCCCUCGCACGCCCUUCACGUCAUCUUCAAUGGCGUCUUUCUCGACACCUAGUUCACCGUCACUUAAUGUAAGUCUUGGAAAUGGAACAUAUGUCAAGGCUAUUAGUCACCUCGUUGGUGUCGAUGGAGUGCCAAAUUCAUACAGACCACAGGACAGACUCGGCGGAGGCGAUGGUAAGGGUAAAGAAGAAGUAAUUCAAUGCCAAAUACCAAUAAAAAUAUUACCAAAUUCGACAGAUUAUGAACCCGAUUCUUGUACACUUGUAAUUUGAUUAUACACUAAUUGAUAAC